GUCGAAUGACUCACAGCUUCACACCGCUGCUCUGGAAGACUUAAAAACCCGUCAUACUGACCCAACAUGGCUUCGCUAUCCAGGAGCCUUGCCCACUCUCCGGCGACGGUACCCAUCUUCCUCGCCCCAGCCUUUGCAAGACCAACAACCGCCGCAGCUACAGCUGUGUUCUACAGAUCCUACGCCAGCAAGUCAAAGCCUGCGAGUCCACUAUCUCUGAGCCGGAAGCCCGGCGGGGACAGGAAUAAACAGCGAGGGGUCUCAGCCAUUCGACGAACAGGACCUAGACGGACUCGAGGCCUUUGGCAGCACCCUUUACCGGUCCCUGUCGCAAGAGAUCACAGAGGCACUUCUGCUGAAUAUGAGGGCGCCGAAGAUCAUGGACUGUGGGGCUUCUUCAACAAGGACAAGAAGGCCAUGAUGCCGCCGGAGGAAGAAUCAAGUCAUGGCCGAUCCUGGACUUACGCCGAGUUGUCCAACAAGUCCUUUGACGACCUGCAGAAGCUAUAUUGGGUCUGCGUGAAAGAACAAAAUUGUACAAUGACAAGAGAAAAGGAAAGAACUAGAGUAAGAGCUGGUUAUGGAGAACUAGAAUAUCAGGAGAGGCUGGAAGCGAUCCGGAAAACCAUGUACACAAUUCGGGAUGUCCUUGCGGAUCGACAACUAUCGUGGAAUCAAGCUCAAGCCUUGCUCAACACGGGCAUUAUUAACGACAUCCUCGCUGAACCAGCGCCUUUAGAGGAGACAUGGGAGGAUAUCGAAGAGGCAGGCCUUGACGAGUCGCCGCCUACAGUCAAGAAACAAACCUUCCACCAUACGCCUAUCAGUGCUGCGUGAGCCGGUCCUCGCAUGAAUGAACUGGUUGAUGUGGUCUUUAUUGAAAAGAUCCCUGCGCGAUGAGGGACGGUAUUCCUAGGUGUACAUUAUACUGUAUAUCACUGUCGGUCACUGAAUGUCAAGUCGGUGGCGGCUCUACCCGUACAAGGGCGUUGUAGCUUAGAGACAGGAAUUCGCUGGUCUCACAGUCUAUCAAAUCAAUCACGCUGGUGUGCUAUCUUUCUACCAUUCCCUCAUCCUGCCUAGAAAACAUGC